CGUUAGCGUUACAGCUAAGCGUAAUAAAUACAUCUCGUGUUCGCAGUUAUAUCAAUAAUUUAAAGUUGUUUUUUUUGUGUUGCAGUUUUGUACGUACGAUACAUCGGGUCAGUUUAUUGGGUGCAAAUGUUGGCGCUAGUGGGUUUUUUUGGAGACAAUUCAACAUCCAGCUAUGAAAAUGACCAAAAUACCCAUAAAAUGCCUGCAUAUUUACUUUUACCAGUGGCCGGAUUGAUCCUGAUCUGGUUCAGAAAGAAGCUGUUUAAUUUUAUUUUAAUACACAUCGACGAGCUUUAUCUACCAAUGGCUUUUGGAAAAGGGCGAGCACUACUAGACUGGUCCAAAGGAAGACUGCCUCCUCAAUGGUCCUCCCACUCCAAUACGCUCUCUGGUGGCUUAAGUGACUUCUGGACCGACGGCUCUUUACUGUGCACCCUAAUUAAUACAGCGAUCCCAGGAGCGUGUCAUAAUCCAUACAGACAUUGGAACAAACCACCCAAUCAUGCUCAAGAUGUUACUUAUAAGUAUCUAGAAAUUUCUUCGGUGUUUUCCCAAUCAGAUUUCGAGCUACCCUACUCACCUUACAUAGAAAACAAACUCUUAAAGUACCUUUUACUCAUCAGAAAGUGCAUCUGCAAGUUAGACCAAGAAAACCUUAUCAACAUAUCCCCCGAAUUUUUAGCAAGAGGAAUAGGACUGGUCACAGCAGAACAACAUACGGAAACUGAAUUUUUUAUUUAUUCAAAAAAUGAAAACAAGAGUCUUUUUAAUAUAGAAGUGUAUAUACUAGGACCAUAUGGUACUCAUGUGAGAACCACUGUGAACAAUGAAGAAACACGUGGAGGUAUAAGGGUGCACAUGAAGCUGGAUCAGAACAAGAUCAAGGUGGUUUAUACCACGGAAUAUUAUGGCAUUCAUCAAAUAUGCUUGAGUUGCGAUAAGGAGAGCAUUAUGGGAAGUCCUUAUUAUGUUAAUGUAAUGCCUGCCAAUGCAAAUAUAAAACAGAAUAAUAAACUAACAGAAAAUUUUGAUGCAGAAAACGACGAAGUCACUUUAAAGAAUCAUGACACUUCUUCUACGGAACCGUUAAAAAUAAGCAAAUACUUAAAGGACAUAAGCAACCCUCACGAGAAACAGGUAAAUCCAUCAAAUGAAACAAACCUGGAAAACCUUUGGCCCCUCGGUCCGGAUCAUUUCACCAAAGAAAACUACUCGUAUUUUCAAAAGCUAGUAGAUAGUUCGUUUAGGAAAUCAUGUAGGAUAACUAGAGCUUUGCCAAAGUUGAGCCAGAAUGUGUGCUUUCAGUUUUCUAGCGCUUCCCCAGUAUGUAGUGAUCAUAUUGUGCCAGAAGGCCGUAGAAAACUGUGUGUAGACGAAAAAAGAGAGAUGUUUGCCAGGCAAAAAUCCCCUCCGAAACCCGUCACUGCAGGAAACUCUUCAUUUUCUAAUCAUCAAGAAAAUACCAAAGAGACUAACAAUGUAAAAAGUAAUAACAAAAGCACUUCAAAACCCACUCAUAUAGUCCAGGAAAGAAAGACUUUUUGGGAGACUGUCUUUAAAACGGAAGAAGGCAAAGCUACUUUACCAAAAAUUAACAAUUAUUGUCCUUUAAAGCAUACGGAUUCGUUGCUGCACAAAAAGUCCCUUAAUCAUUUACACAAAAAAGACAAAAAAUUGAAAAAAUACGUUUCUAUUGAUGAAAACUUGGACGUUUGCUCUCAAACUAGUCUUGAAACAAGAACGAAAAUUUAUCUAGAUAAAGUCGAUCCACCUUAUACUGACGCUGUACCAAAAAACGAAGGUAUAGAAGAACCAACUCGAUCUAGAGAGCAACCAAAGCAACAACGUUACGUAACGUUUGAUUCGAACGUUGUAGUUAUUAAUAACAUAUCGUUUAUUGAUAAUAAUAUUGUUAGUGAUAGUUGCAGCAACAUUUAUUUUGUUAGCAUAAAUAAUGAGUCUACAAUCGAAUGUGAGAAUGUGGUGCUAAAGGAUAAAACAGUUUUUUGUGAUCAGAAGUACGGAGGUAAUUGUUUUGAUGAUGUUUUAUACUAGAGAAUUGUCUUUUUUCCACCUUGUUUUAUGUAGACAAAAUGCAAAAAUGAAGAUAUAAUUAUAUUCAAAUAAUAUAGUAA